GUCGACCAGGGCUGUCUCUCCUUGCGCUCCAGACCCAACAGGAGAGGCGUAAGCAAGGCUGCUGGGUUGAGGAAGGGUGUUGGUGUUUCAUGGUGAGGCCAGCCCCAGGCACCCUCUGGGUAGAGGGAAGGAAGCAAGGAAGGGUAAGGUGGGAGGAGAAGCAAUCUAGAGGCUCCCCCUCUCAUUCUCCUUUCGUCUUUAGCAUCCCCCUCUGAGAUUUCUCUCGGAGAAGUCUCCCUAGUUUCCCCCUGCCUAAAUCUUUACAUCUCUAAGUGGGUCAUUGAGGUUGGGAUAUUCUUGCACGUCCGCUCCCUCGGUUUACGCACGCCUACUUGGAUGGGGAGUGCCCGAACCCCACUUUCCAAACACAGCUGUUGUCCUUCUGAUUCAUUCGCUGGGGUUGAGCCUGGGGUGUGAAUGAUCUCCUUGCUCAAAUCUCACUUCCUCGUUAAGAGCUUUUUCGUUUGUAUCAAGGGAAAUCUCCGUUCCCUUUCUCCGCUGUUUAACCUCCAAUGUAAACUACUUUUUUUACCUCGUCCUCCAAAGUUUCUAAUAUAUUUUUGCUCCACCUGGCCCUUCAUGCCCCUUUCACAACAGUUCCACUUCAGAGUGAUCCUAGUUUUCUGGGGUUAGUGACCGAUUAAAAAACCGUUUUCCCCACAUCCUUGUGACUCUACUGUUGCUGUUAACUUGUGCUCUUCCACCCUUGUGGGUGGGGGUGCCGUGAUAGACUCUGCCAUGCAAAGUGGGGAGCCUGUGUCAGCAGCUCCUGUAGUCUCAACAGCAAUGAAAGUAUCUGAGAGUGAAGGGAAGCUGGAGAUCUUGAUCCCAGCCCAGAAUUGCACGAGCAAGAGCAGCAUCAGCAGUGGUGGGAUCAGCAGUAACAGAGGAGGAAGCGCUACCAAAAGCUGGCAGUAUAGUGACCACAUGGAAAAUAUUUCAGGCUAUUUAAUGAAAUAUACAAAUCUUGUCACAGGCUGGCAGUAUCGGUUUUUUGUCUUAAACAAUGAAGCUGGUCUCUUGGAGUAUUUUGUGAAUGAACAGUCCAGAAACCAGAAACCCAGAGGUACAUUACAGCUGGCUGGAGCUGUGAUAUCUCCUAGUGAUGAAGAUUCUCAUACUUUUACAGUGAAUGCUGCUAGCGGAGAACAAUAUAAGCUGAGAGCUACUGAUGCCAAAGAAAGACAGCAUUGGGUCAGUAGGCUUCAAAUAUGUACCCAGCACCAUACUGAAGCAAUCGGAAAGAACAAUCCUCCUCUGAAAUCUCGCAGCUUCUCUCUUGCAUCUCAAGGAAGUGGCUCCCCUGGUGUGCAUAGAAGGCCCAGCCAAAAUGCAGCUUCCUUUUUUAAUGUUGGGCAUCACAAGCUGCCAACUGGGAGGAGAAUUCCCAUUCUGCAGCCAGAUCACUUAAUUGAUGUACGAGAGAUGAUGUCUCAAGCUGAGGGACAGCAGAGAGACUUGAUAAGAAACAUAGAAUGUCUUCCUUCUUCUGGCCAUCUUUCUUCCUUGGACCAAGACCUGUUGAUGCUCAAGGCAACCUCCAUGGCAACAAUGAAUUGCUUAAAUGAUUGUUUCCACAUUCUUCAGCUACAGCAUGCAUCACAACAAAAGGGAUCCUUACCUACUGGGACAACUAUCAGUUGGUUGGAACCCAAGAUCUCUCUACCAAACCACUUCAAAAAUGGAGCAGAUCAGAAUUUUUCCCCAGAUCAAAACAAGCCAUCAUCGAUCAAAGAGGAGCAGUCAAUUUCAAGUUCCAGUCAGCUAAUCAGGGAACCAGAGGAAAUAAACACAGAUGAGGAGGUAGAGGAUACAUGUGAUCAUAAAGAGGAUGACCUUGGAGCUGUGGAAGAACAGCGUAGUGUUAUCUUGCAUCUCCUGUCUCAGCUCAAACUUGGCAUGGAUUUAACAAGAGUAGUACUUCCCACUUUUAUUUUGGAGAAACGCUCUUUGCUGGAAAUGUAUGCCGACUUCAUGUCCCAUCCAGAUCUCUUCAUUGCAAUUUCAAAUGGCACUAGCCCUGAGGAGAGGAUGAUUCGCUUUGUUGAAUAUUACCUCACUUCCUUUCAUGAAGGUCGUAAAGGGGCAAUUGUGAAAAAACCAUACAAUCCGAUCAUUGGGGAAACGUUUCACUGCUCGUGGAAGAGCCGAGUACCAUCUGACACAAGUAGUAACUCUUCAUCCCAUUCCCUGUCUGAACAAGUGACUGUCUCAGAAGAGUCACAGGACCAAGCAGAGUCGGACUGUUACACGGUCAGAUUUGUAGCGGAACAAGUGUCCCAUCAUCCUCCAGUCUCAGGGUUUUAUGCUGAAUGUGUAGAAAGGAAGAUGUGUGUUAAUGCUCAUGUCUGGACGAAAAGUAAAUUUCUGGGAAUGUCAAUAGGUGUGACUAUGAUCGGGGAAGGUAUUUUAAGUCUCUUGGAACAUGGAGAGGAAUACACAUUUACACUGCCUUGUGCAUAUGCUCGGUCAAUUCUGACUGUUCCUUGGGUAGAACUGGGAGGAAAAGUCAAUGUUAAUUGUGCUAAAACUGGAUAUUCUGCAAGUAUUACUUUUCAUACCAAACCAUUCUAUGGUGGCAAGCUUCACCGCAUUACUGGUGAGGUGAAGCAGAAUGCUACGAACACUGUGGUCUGUAGAGUGCAAGGUGAAUGGAAUAGUAUCCUUGAAUUCACCUACAACAAUGGAGAGACAAAAUGCAUGGACUUGACAAAACUGCCUGUCAUAAGAAAACAAGUUCGACCCAUUGAGAAACAAGGGCCAUUUGAGUCCAGGAAGUUGUGGCAACAUGUGACAGAGUCCCUGAGGGAAGGGGACAUUGAUAAGGCUACAGAACAUAAGAAAUCACUUGAGGAACGGCAGAGGAAUGAAGAACGACUCCGGGCUGAGACAGGCACACCGUGGCACACUAAAUACUUUGUCAAAGAUGGAGAUGGCUGGGUUUAUUAUAACCCUCUUUGGAAAAGAAUGCUUGCCAUACAAAAUCAACCAACAGAGACAAACUAGAUGGCAUUUCUUCAAAAUUACUCUUCUCUUUUGUUCUAAUCCCUAGAACUUCCAAAAUGCUGUAUCUCACUAAGAGUCCUUUGGGAUUUUUAUACCAUUGCACAAAAUUAUGUAAGCAUAAAGGAGUAAACUACUCGGGCACUUUAAAGUUGCAGAAAAUCAAAAUAUAGAGAGAAGUUUGCCAGGUAUGUCUUUUCCCCCUUUCAAAGAACAUUUUAUAUGGCGCUGAAGAUUUUAACUGAACUGUGCAUUGUAUUCUUUCUAAGCACACCCUAUUGUAAAAGCUGCCUAAGAUUUUUUUUAAAAAAAUCUAGAAACAGUAGCAUUCAGAGCUGCUAUGCUGUUCUGUCCAAGUGGAUUUACUUCUGGAGUAAUAUCUGAACAGUUUUUCCCAAUCUGUGUUUCAGUUUCCACUCAUUUCUGAACUACUCAGUGCCCAUAUAAACGCCUUUUGCAGCUCUGAAUUAUUCACUGAAAACCUUGAAGAAGGAGUUCUUUUAUAAGUUGACCUUGGAAUCAGUGUUAUGAACUGUCUGGAUCAGGACUUGACACUUCUUUUUUUAUUAUUCUUCAAAGGCAAUGUGUGCAUGACUAUGGAAGAAUGAGGGAUUCAUGUAAACCACACCUUUUUUUAAAAAAAAAACCUCCUAAAGUAGAUUAGAAUUAUAUCUCCUAUAUGUAGAAGAGUUGUAGAGAGGAAGGAUGGGGACAGAAGUGUAAAAUUCAGAACAAUUCUCAGCUACAGAUCCCCCCCAGCUUCAUUUCCUAGCAAACUGCUGUAAAUACCAUGAAGAUGUCAAGACUGAAGUUCAGACCUGACUGAUGUGACCUUUUAAAUUUUUCCCUUCAGCUCAUUGCCCUCACUCUCCUUUCCCCAUGGAUCAUCUCUGAGACAAAGUCAGUGUUAUAGGUUGUCCAGGCAAGUAAUUUCAUUUGUCUUCUAUGUAAGUUCAAAGUCAAACAUCUUUGUGAGCCCAUUAACUACAAAGACUGUCACUUUCGUUUUGCUAUAAUACCUGAAAAGGCUUGUUUUUUGCUAUGGAACUGCAUACAUAACCAAUUGCAGUCCGAUAUCAGGAAACCACCAUGUUCAGGUGAAAAUGUUCCUCAUUUUUUAUGAUACCAAUAUUUUAUUGAAGUCUAAGAAUUGCUGGCAAUUAAAAAUAGUACUGAUUUAUGGCUUUCGUUCUUGUUACUACAAUCUACCUUAAUCUUUCUAAGAGUGGUGCCUUACUCUGUUUCUUCUGAUGUAGUCUUUCAAUCAGUGUAUAUACCAUUAUCUGUUAUCAUCUGGUUUGUGUCAAUAGUGGGGCCUCUCCCUACCAUCAUGAAAACUUACGAACUGUGUGUGAGCUGGUCACGUUUGUUUAGUUUUUUCUUCCAUAUUGAGGGAAAAGGUUAUCCGAACGCACCCAAGAGUGGUUACAUAACCAUACACAUUUUUCUGAAAACUGUGUCGAGAGGAUUGUGAGGUUUUAUGCACACAUGUUGAGAUUCUCUUGUACUUUUUUUUUUGCUGUGAAAUGCACUGAAAUCUUAAUGCAACUAGUGUACAAUUCCAUGUGUGAGAAAUGAGGAAGAAAGGAAAUAAAGCUACCAAAAGAAA